AUGGCUACUGCAGCUCCCAUCUCUGUACGGCCCCCCGAAGGCCCUAAAUCCAGAGUGUGGAGGCUUGCUGGUGACAGUGCUGCGAUGACUGCAGUCCUAGAUAUGGCACGUCAUGUGCCCCUCCCUGGUUCCUCUGCUGCUGCCUCUCUCCGGAGACCGGGGCAUGACGAGGAGGAUGAGGAUGAAGAACACUGUGAGGGACAGACCUCUGUUGGAAUGCUGCUUGCCAAGAUGAAGACAUGUGUGGACACGUACACCAAUCGCCUCAGGUCAAAGAAAGAUAAGAGUAAAGGUGUGGUGAAGGCAGACAGCUCCGAUCCAGAGCCUGAGGGUUUGACUCUGCUGGUGCCUGACAUCCAGAGGACAGCAGAGAUAGUCUACGCUGCUACUACCAGCCUACGGCAAGCCAACCAGGAGAGGAAGCUGGUGGAGUCUUCCAGGAAGGUGUCCUGUCGUCCCAAGCCCCUGUCCAUUCUACGCUCUCUAGAGGAGAAAUACGUAGCUGCCAUGAAGAAGCUGCAGUUUGACACCUUUGAAAUGGUCUCGGAGGACGAGGAUGGAAAAGUCAUGUUUAAGGUCAACUACCACUACAUGUCUCAAGUGAAGAACUCCAGCGAUACAAACAGCGCAGCCCGAUCCGCCGCCUCGCGCAGGAGGCCGUCACCCUGUCCACCUCUCUGCCCCUGUCAUCCUCUUCCAGUGUCUUUGUCCGCUGUGAUGAGGAGAGACUGGACAUCAUGAAGGUUCUCAUCACAGGCCCAGCAGACACACCAUAUGCCAACGGCUGCUUUGAGUUUGAUGUGUAUUUUCCCCAAGACUAUCCCAACUCCCCUCCGCUGGUCAACCUGGAGACCACCGGUGGACACAGUGUGCGCUUUAACCCUAACCUCUACAAUGAUGGCAAAGUAAGUUGGAAAAGAACUGAAUUAAU